AUGUGGGUUAUCUCGUUCUGGAUCUUCCCGGUCAUGUCGGCCUGCAUGUGGGUUGCCAUGUUGAUAGCCAUGCUUGCUACCUGGGCUAGGGAAGGCAAGCCGCAUUACAGUUCUAUGGAGCAAGGACAGACGAUUGCGUAUGCCCUUCCCUCUCCUAUUGGAGGAGACUCAAUCAAAGCUAACGGAACGAUUAGAUACAUUUCGGAUAUAGGUGCGGAGGGACUAAAGCCACUGUUUAUUGCUGGAAGCACGGUCACCGUGGUGUUUCUGGACCUGUCGUUCCUUGCGGAGCGUUGGCUUCGACAUGUCGGCCAACUGGUUCCUAACAAGGGCAUCUUCGACAAGACUUGCGCUGCUCUCUCCCUCUUCUUUGCCCUUGCCGGCGCGCUGGGUCUGAUUCUGCUAUCGAUCUUUGAUACCGUCCACCACCCGCAUCUGCAUGAUGGCUUCCUGAUUAUGUUCAUCGGUGGAUACCUCAUCAGCGCCGUCUUGAUUUGCGCCGAGUACCUGCGCCUCGGCAUCUUCUACCGCUCGCAGCACAAGGUCCUGAUGGCGAGUUUCGUGAUCAAACUUGCCUUUGUGAUUAUCGAGCUUGCCCUCGCUAUCGCGUUUGGGCUGCUCAUGCGCAGCAGCGACCAGUCGAAGAAGAACCCUGCCGCGAUCCUCGAAUGGGUGAUUGCCUUUGUCUUCACCGGCUACAUCCUCUCCUUCGUUCUCGACCUGCUCCCCUCCGUGCGCACCCGCAGACAUCUACCGCAGGGUGAAAAGCGUCUGGAAAUGGCGCACGAGGCCCCCAACGCACGCCACGGAGGCAUGUCUCUUGAUGAGCCGCUGACCACGGACUCGACGGGCCCGAACCCGACCAAUGCCUACCGGGGCGCCCACUUUUAA